UGUUCACCCGCGACUCAAUUCCUUGUACGCGAUUGCUGGAGCUCAGGGUCGGACAUACGUCACUGACAGUCUCCUGCUCACACAUUACCAUAUAGUUCAACAGGCACACCGCAACGACAACAGGCGGCAAACACCCCACAUCGCCCUCACCCCCACAACACCAUCGCCGUUACUUGAUCACACCACAACCUACCACUCACCAGACGCGACCAUGGCGGUCGAACUUCCCAGAUUACUGCUGCAGUUCCAGCCCGACUCGGAGGACCUCAAGUCGCGUCAGAAGUAUGACCAAGCCGCAAAAGCAUUUGUCAGACAGCUUGACAGUGUCUCAGCAUCACACUGGUCCAAGGACGCAGACACACCGCAAGAUGUGCUUGAGAUUCUCAACCCCGCAGUCAACUCGAUAGCCUACGCCUUCGCCCUCCGCCACCGCAUUUCUGCCGCCAUGGACAAGAAGUCCUCAGAUACAGUGCAGCCUGGAGGCGCACUCUGGAAUCAGCUGGUGUUGUUCUUGGAGACGUUCGACCCAGUGCAACUACGCUAUGCGGGACAAGAGUACAAGAAGCUGGUAGACUACGUUGAGCCGCUUGCGCGCAACGCUGGAUCACCCGGCCUCGCUAUUGCACCUAUUCGCUCAGCCAUGAUCCGCCUCGACCCUACCACAGGCACCUUCACCUCUACACACGUCGACUUCAUCCGCCUAUGUCUCGAGACACGGUCGUAUGCCGCCGCCGAACCCAUCCUUGACAACUACAUCCAUAGUCUGCCCUCGUCAAUACCCGCUGCUGUGAGGGAAGGUUCAGAGUACUCAGUGUUAGCUGCGGACGUUGCGCGUAGUGGAGAGUUCAUCCACAAAGCCUCCGGACAUUCGGACAAGGUCACAUUCGUGGAUAUACAAGAAUAUUACGUACUCGGAGCCAUGGCGUAUCUCGGCCUGCGACAGUUCGCCAAGGCUCAGCACUUCCUGGAGCACGUUCUGAUCAUGCCGUCUGCCAACGUAGCCAACGGCUUGAUGCUGGAGGCCUACAAGAAGUGGGUGUUGCUGAGCUGUCUGGUGUCUGGUGGGCCCAAGAGCAUCCCGCGGUCAGCGAACGCAACAGCGAUCAAGCAAGUCCGGGGUUCCUCCAAAGCAUACGAGGCCGUGGCAGAUGCAUACACACAUGUCAACAACAUGUCCAAGCUGAAGGCCCAGAUCAAUGCAGGUGCUCAGACAUGGUCGGAGGACGGCAACACAGGUCUUGUCAAGGCAGUGCUGGACAGCCAGAUGAAGGCAUACGUCUCGCGACUGUCACGAACGUUCUCGGCAAUCCCCGUAUUCAACAUCGCUAGAAACGUGGGUGGCAGCGCCGACGAAACGACACAGUAUCUCGAAACGCUUAUCAAGGAGGGCCACCUCAACGCGCGCCUAGAGCAGACGGACAAGGCAGAGACAGGGGUCGUGCUGCGAUUCUACCUCGACCCCACACAGGGCCCGCUCGCCAAGACAGAGAAGCAGCAGCAGCAGGCGUUGUUCAAACAGACGUUACGAACGAAUGCGCUCGCCGAUCAGGUCAGGGACGCCGAUUACCGAUUGACGCUGACUAAGGAGUUCAUCGAAAACCUGAAGCGACAGCUCAAGAGGCACGGUCCGCCGGGUGACGCAAUGGACACGGCGUGGGACGAUGGAGUGGAAGAAGAGGAUAUUAUGAUCGAUUUGUGAGAUUAAAAAGGCGUUGAUGUUGCAAACUGACAUGGUACGAUUUAGACUCGCAGCCAGUAGAAAGAGGCUGCAGUCGACAGCCCGCACCAGAAGCAGAGGAGAUUGGAAGAGGGUGGGAUUGGCUGGUCUCGAGAGUUUAUGGAUGUCUCGUCGGCGAUGUACGUAGCAGACGACGGGCUCAACUGGAACGCAAAUGUGACCAAAGUCACAAAGCAAAACGGCGCUGCAU